AUAAAGGCGGAGAUACUCGAGUAUCUUCCCUUUCCUUGCGUGUAAAAGAAAGUCUCCCGUCUCUUCUCUCCCGCUCCUUGCGCCAUCUCGCGGCUGAACCGGGGAGGGGCGCCGAUCUCUAUCCGACGAGCAGACCAAGGGAGGGGAGGGGAUCCUGGGUUCACCCAAAUAUUUGAAGACCCAAGCGUUUGGUGAUUGGCAAAGAUGGGUUGGGGGAUAUCCCGGUUGAUUGGACUGAAAGCAGCUGUGUUCCUCUCUGUGGCUUAUUUCUUCCAUAGAUUGGACAUGACACUGCUUUCUUUUCCCCUCAUAUAUGCCUCUGUGAUUGCGAUGCUUGUUUCUAUUGCUUCACAUCCAUCAAUUGACCUUCCUUUGCUCCUUGGCAAGGGGUCGAAUGGAAGCUUUCCUGUGUGGUCAUGGAUCAUGUUCUCACCAUUUCUUCUUUUCAUCCAUCUGUUUGUUCUGUUACGAAGAUUUGUGAAAAAUGAGCCCUUGUACACUGAGAUUGCUGAUGGAGUGUAUGUUGGAGGGUGGCCCUCUUCAGUUGAGCGCCUGCCCCCUGGUGAACCUGCAGUCAUAGACUGUACGUGCGAGCUCCCAAGAAGCUCUACUAUAUCCGAGAAUUCAUAUUUGUGUGUUGCCACCUGGGAUACAAGGGCUCCUCAACCAUCGCAGAUUGAGUCUGCCGUGAGAUGGGCACUGAGAAAGCGUUCGCAGAACAAAGCUGUAUAUGUCCACUGUGCCUAUGGCCAUGGAAGAAGCGUCUGCGUGAUGUGUGCACUUCUUGUUGCAUUGGGAUUAGCUGAGGAUUGGAAAGCUGCUGAGCAAAUGAUUCGUGAGAAGCGACCUUCUAUUAGCAUGAAUUCUCUUCAUCGUAAAAGUUUAGAGGAAUGGGCAAAACACUUGCUCACUCCCUCAAAAAGAAGUGGGGAAUCAGAUGUGAGUUAUGCGAUUCUUUCGGAUCAUACCCGAAAAAGGCAUUGAUCUCGCAAGAAAACUAACUUGCUCAGUGGCUGUGAUAAUUGAGAUGAAGUUUAAAUGCUCUGGCAUUAUCUACUGUUAUCCUAGUCAUGUCCAAGGCAUUUCAUUCUCUAAGUUAAUUGUUUGGGAGUAUGUUGUAAAACUUCUACUACUGUGGCUUACAACGCCAGCUCUUUUAGGCGCUCUGUUGGCUGCGUUUGUUGCCCUGACUUGGGAUUAGGGUUCACAGAUGGAAUUUCGCGAAAACCAAUCGGAUUUCUUGAAACUGCUAGGUCUCGGUUUAUGAAAACCGGACCAGUUUUGUACCGCAUUGACCGAAAGUCAUCGGUUUUUACCGGUUUUUGGUCGGAUUUCGGUAAACCGGUGAGGAGCGGUUUUUACUUCGAAAUUGAAAAGUAAAACCCUUGUUGGGAACCUUUCCUUCCCCUUCGGCACAAAAAAUAGAGCAACUCAUUAGCGCUUGAGCAAUUAAGUAUUAGCUCAAACUAACUUAAAAAAUGGAUUUAAUAUGAUUUUUAAAACAACUUUGCUAUAGAAGAGUUUUGCAAACACCAUUUAGCAAUUUGAAAAACGUGUGUGUGGAAAAUUGAGAGGUAUAAGUUGGGAAAGCUCGUUGCCGAACGCAGCCUAAGAACAAGUUUUAUAAUAGAGCCAACUUUAAGUUUAUAGCUUAUAUUAGAAUUAACAUGUAUAGUGAUGAGCUAUAAGGUUAUCUCUCUAUUUUUCUCCUCUCUCUAUCUCUCUCAUGCAUAUGCAUUUAAUGUAUUUAUCUUGAAGUAUGUGAAUAGCUAUCUCUUGCAUAAUAAGAGCCAAUCUUUUUCAUUUUCUAAAUUCUCUUUCCUCCACAUAAGUUUAUUUGCCUUAUAGUGUACUAUUAAACUUGCUCUAAUGAUCUUCCCUGUCAUUGAAUGCUUGCCAGAGACGUGGUAUUGUCGGAUCUCUCUUUCUGAAAAAGAGGGGCCUCUGCUAGCCUGCUAGAUUCUCAUUUAUAGCGAAAUGUGGUAUGUUUUUCAUUUUUGGUAGUUUGCAUCUAUCUCUCUGUUAGGUUCUUUUCAUCUGGCCUGAAAUAAAUGCUCAACUAUUCACCACUUUGCUGUACCCCUGUAUUCUGUGGACAUUUCAUACUUGACUCAUGAAAAUUUUCAUGUUUGUAUCUCAUGUUUUGUGUGUAAUGAUCGUGGCUAAGCUGUAGUGUACUCAUCCCAUCAUGCUAUCUUGUGUGGAGUAUGCUCUUCUGGCCUUUUCAUAAUUUUUGCCAUUUUUCUGCCCUUGUCUCAAGCACCAGUUUGCCAGUUGAUGGAUCAAAAUCAAGAGCUGCACUAUUGGAACAAUCUACAUCCUACGGAAAGUCGCAUGCCUGGCAAGAAAUAUCUCAAAUGGUCUUGGUAGAUGUCACAUGACAAAAGGGUUGCUUUUCACCUUUCUAGUUCUUUGAUCUUCUUAUCAGUUGAAUUCACUGAUCUGCCCUUUCUUCCAUUUAUUUGGUCUUUGAAAAAAGGGACUUCCAUCUAUUUGUUUCUUGUUUUACUAAUAAGCAUUGUGACAUUCCUUGUGACUUGCGUUGUUUUUCUGUGUCCUGUUUUUUACAUGUAUUUCAGAUGUACCUCUUAGUGACAACUAUUUUGUCUGUCAAUUGAUGGUAUUAGAUUUGUCCUCCGUGAUUUCAGAGUUCA